CUGAGGGUCUGACGUUUAACCUUGGAAAAAUAAAGAAACGUCAUUAGUGACUGGAUGAAGAAAAAUAAAAAAUAUAUUGCUAUAAAAGUAAUUGAUAGAUAUAUUUUUUUGCACGCACCGUGCAGUCCUAUUAUAUACAAUAUUUUAUAUAACGUAGAACAUACAAAUGAAAGUUUGUGUUUUGUGUGAAUAUCAGUACCAAUGGUAGUGGUUCAAAAUCCAAUGAAAAUUGAAGUCCAUCAGAAGAAUGUGCCUUAGAAUCAAUCAUUAUUAGUGAAAUACAUUUAGUACGUUUUAAAAUGGAUGAAAGGAGAGUUGCCGAUUAUUUUGUAGUAGCUGGGCUGCCAGAGGACCCUGAACCCCUUGAUGAAAUGACCCUUUCCGAAGGGGGAAAUUUAAAAUCCAGUCAUGGGCAGCCCCCAAUUACAGAUAUCAGCGUGAUAUUCCCUGAUUUAGGUGAAACGAAACCUGAUGACUGGGAAGUGAUAACAAAAACACCAACUGGACUAAGUGCAGAUUUGAACCAUGGUAGUUUAAGAACUAUAGAAUGCUAUUUGUGUAUCAGAAGAGGUAGAGAUAAACCUCCUUUAGUUGACAUUGGUGUAAUGUAUGAUGGCAAAGAAUGGCUGAUGGCUGAUGCAGAAGUGGUGAAGGAGAGCGUUGGAGGGAAUGUAGCAAAUGUCAACAACUCCACCUCGUUGACGUUCAUCACGUAUCGACGCGGCCAGCCGACGAUGCCCUGUAAUGCCCUCGUGGUCACUGACGUGUGCGUAGUCAUAGCCAGCAAGGGGGAAUCUCCGCCUCAUGCUUUCUGCUGCAUCAACAAGAAUCUUAACAAAGGCAUUGUCGGUAGUGACGUGUUUCUCUGCUAUAAGAAGUCCAUGAAUAGGGCUAAGUUGAUCACUUAUAAACCUGCUGAUCUGGCCAGAUAUCCCCUAUAUGAUCUUCCUGACUUUCCAUUCCCAAAUUCCGUGCCUUUGUUCUGCCUGCCAAUGGGCGCUUCUUUGGAACUGUGGCCCUCCGAAGCUACGCAGCCCAAGCCCCUUUUCAGUACUUUCGUCCUUACCGUUUCUGAUGCUAAGCAUAAAGUAUAUGGCUCGGCAAUCACAUUUUACGAGAAAUUCCCACCGGAGAAGUUGACUGAAAAGCAAAGAGAGCUGCUGGGUUAUGAGGAAAAUGAAAAGGACGUAUUGCACGUGAACAAAAGCAUAUGUGUCUUGUCACAUUGGCCAUUUUCGGAAGACUUUGAAGUGUGGCUUAGGUGGUUACAUAAAAUUGUGGUCAAUCAAGAGCCUCAUCCGGUCCCAGUGGAACGAUACGUCGUUCAGCUAUUGGAGGAAGUGCCCUUCCCAUCUCCUCGAAUAUUACUCCAGUUGUCCCCGUUCUCUAACGCGGAAAGGGUGAUCCUGAUGCAGCCUGAAGAUCUGCCGUUACCGAGGAGUGCUGCCAGCUUCAAAACUAUGCUGUGCAAUUUGGGAGCCGACAACUGCUUACAGGUUCUUCUUUUGAUACUAACGGAGCAGAAAAUCCUGAUACAUUCUCUGAGACCAGACACAUUGACGUCAGUAGCGGAAGCAGUUUCGACAAUGUUGUUUCCGUUCAAAUGGCAAUGUCCUUAUAUACCUCUCUGUCCAUUAGGAUUAGUCGAAGUGUUACAUGCUCCGUUGCCAUUUCUCAUAGGAGUGGACUCUAGGUUUUUCGACUUGUACGAUCCACCGCCUGACGUCAGUUGUAUUGACCUAGAUACCAACAUAAUCACAGUAGCUGAAAGUCUAAGACAGUACCUGAAUCCAAAGUUGCUUCCGAAGAGAGCUGCAAAAAUUUUAAAAUCAACGCUGGAGUAUCUCUAUUAUCAGAUCAGAAAUAACCCUGUCAGUAUACCCCAAGAUCCGACAGGCGACGAUAUAGAACAGGAAUUUCAAAAAAGGCGAAAAGAGCAAGCUCAAGAGCUGGAAAUCCAAGAAGCUUUCCUGAAGUUCAUGGUUCUUACCCUGAAAGGUUAUAGGAAUUACCUUCUGCCUAUAACGAAAGCUCCAACUGUUGGAACAACCGAUCCUCAGGCGCUGUUCAAUUUGAAUGAUUUUUUGAAAAGCAGAGAUAAAUCUCAUCACAAGUUCUUCUCAUUGGUGAUGAAAACUCAAAUGUUCAUCAGGUUUAUCGAAGAGCGAAGCUUUGUUGCUGACGGAGACCAAGGCCUUGCCUUUUUCGACGAUUGCAUGGAGAAAAUAGGCAACGAGGAAGGUCCCAGCAUGCCUUUGAUCGAAUUGGACAUGGUCAACAAAAGUGACAGAACCGUAUUCGUCCUGCCUCCCGAGCCGUCCAAUACCGAGGAGAUGUACAAAUACGACGGGUUUAAUCUGAAUCCAGCCCUGUUGAUAUCAUUCGCCAAAAAAAAGAACCAUCUAUCCUCAUUGUACACGUCUGUGAUGCCAGGAUCACCAAUGGCGCGCAGGACUAAGCAGGAGAUCAAGACUGCUCAGAAGUUGGCGAGAAAGUGUCAGAGAAGUCCAGAAACGUGGGCUAGGUGUCUUUGCGGAGCAUGCCACACGCUGUACUUCAUGCUGCUGCCCAGCAUCCUUCAACUGAACGAAGGCAAAGAACGCGCGAUUCUCCAACAAGCGUACGAGCUGUUGGUUAGAGCAACUAGGCAAAAAUUGGCAUGCGAUGAGGUGUGCUACAGGCUGAUGAUGCAACUGUGCGGUGAGCAUUCGAGACCGUUGUUGGCUGUCAAACUGCUGGUGCUUAUGAGGAAGUGCGGUAUGCAGCCGAACGCUCUUACCUACGGCCUCUACAAUCGCUGUGUUUUGGAAGCUGAGUGGCCCGCUUAUUCAGGUUCUAGUCAGUUGUUGUGGAACAAAUUGAGGAACGUUGUUAUUGGGGCGGCGCAUUUCAAGUGGGCAGCCAGAAGAAAAGCUGCUAAGCUUUCGGCCUCUACUGAAGGAGGAAGCAGCCUGUUAGAUGGCGUUGACCGAACCGCCUCCCGUCUCUCCCUGGACUCCGGCAAUGACACGACCAUCCGCGAAGACAGCCUGUUGGACAGAUUCCGAAAGGUAGCCAACAUCGUAAAGGGAAGCUUGAAUGGAUUGGAGCAAGUGGACGGAGCGGGUGAGACGGAAGAUGAACAUGAGGCUGAAGAAAAUAAGAACGGUCCAGUGGAAAACGGUAGUGGGGAUAGCGGGUUCGUUGGAAAAGAGAGUCUUUCUGAUUACAGGUUGUUGUCACGAUCAGAAAGUGCUGGAGAUGCGAAUAUAAUAGACAAACUUCAAAACAACAAGAAGGUUCCGUGCUCGAAGAACCUCUUCAACGGCAGUUUAGACAGAGAAGAUUCAGAAAACGAAAAAGGAUCUCCUGCAAAAGUAUCCCCGCGUGAAAUAGUUGUAAAAGACGAUCCUUUGGGGGCACUUGAAAUAGAUGACGAGCCUCUGCAGGUACCUGUAUCGCCUACGCCUAACAUCGAAUCUCCACCCAUUGCUUCUGUUGUAGCUGAUACUCUGACAGAUGAACCUAGGCUGUUUAGGUCGUCGGUGCAUCGGUCUGCUACGUUUGAGGACAGUCCACCCGGCCAAGCAAAAUUGCAUCGUUCUGAAACAGUACCAGCUGCUACUGUUGCUUCUAGUCUGGCUAGCUUGGGAUCCAGCUUCAAGCUUGGAUUUAGUGAUUUGGUUUCUAGCCGAUAUUCACCAUCACGCCUGUCCCUGCGCAAAGCUGAUCUUAAGGUACCACAGCUGUUCAUUGAGAAUGCUAUCAAUAAUUUAAGUCCGAGUAGCUUAGCUAGUAAAAAAUCCAACGAACUAAUCCAAGGUGGUAUCAGCUCCAUCAAAUCUGCCGCCACCAGCAUGGUUAAGAAGAUGGAGGAGAUUCGAGAGGCCAUUUCAACGUCUGCCAAUUCCACACCUGUAAAAGGAUUACCUAGUGACAGGUUGGCACCCAGUGAUAUUCAAGAAGAAUGCGAGUCAAAUGACGGCAGCGACACUGGUGAGAGACAUAGACGUAUAUCUGCAGAACUGAGUAGUAGGGGUAGCAGUAAUAAUCUUAAAGAAUACGAAGAAAUACUACCCGAAAGCUUAUUUGGUAUGCCAUCGGAGGAAAGAACGACAGAUAGUGAAUUGGAUAUAUCACUUACGUCGUGUUCGCAAUGUCACAACUGCUCCUGCCUAUUAUACGACGAAGAUAUUAUGGCCAACUGGUCAUCAGAAGACUCGAACCUCAACACAGUAUGCAUAGCAUGUAACAAACCCACAGUCCCCCUGCUAACUAUCAUCAUUUGUGGAAAGAAUAGGAAACCUUGUGAUCCAUUCAGCGUACCUUAUCUGAAUCCUCUCGUUUUAAGGAAGGAGCUGGAAAACAUUUUGACCCAGGAAGGUGACCUGUGUCUAGCAGAACCAAAAUUCGUCGACGAACACCCAAUCAUCUACUGGAACUUGGUGUGGGUGUUCGAGCGGAUCAACAUCCAGACCCAUCUCCCAAAUCUUUAUUUGAGAAAUAAAGCAGAAACGGGAAGUAUGGACAGCAUAAGCAAGCGAUCGGAGGAAUCGAAAUGUACAGACGACGAGGAGGAAGUUGAAACUAAUGGCGGAGCUGUGAUGAAACCGGUUGAAGAAGGGACCGAUCCAUUGACGCAAGAAUUGGCUGCACUGGGUGAGUUUGUAUAAAUACAUUCAUCAUGCUGUCUUCCAACGUUAACCAACGUAAACGCUUAAAUGAAAAAUACUCUAAACCUCACUGAAACACUAUGAAGAUGGGGAGCUGUUUAAACCGGAAUUUUUACAAUAAAACAUUUUAAAAAGGGGUCAGGUGGUAUAUGAUUUUGAAGCUCCUUAUGAGUACCCUAGAACUCUGGAAUAUCAAGGUCACUACCUUUCAAAAUGACACACAGCCAAAGCUAAGUAUUUUUAUACGUUGACACGCUUAUAGUUCAAUUACUGAUCAUCAAAACGCUUCUUUUUUGUGGGAGGGUCUAUUCGAAUAUGCAAAAAUUAGUUCAAUUUAAAAAAACAAAUUUUUCCAAUUUGAAGAUUUACGAGCUACAAAUUUAAAUUAUACUAUAUGUCUGUACUGUUCUCCACAUUCUGAAUAAAAUACCAUUUCAAAUUCAAGCUGCGUCCAAGGAAACUGGAAAAAAGGGUAAGCAAUUUGGAUAUAAAGGAUUUUCACGACUAACUGUUGAUAUUGGCAAAUAACUUAAAAUAACCGCAGCUAGUUUGACCAUAUUGCAGUAUUAGUUAGUAAUAAUACAAAAUAUUAAUUAUCUUUAUAGCCCAGCUAGCUGCUCAAGUGAGCCUGAGGUGCCAUUGGGACCAACCAAGUCUUCAUACGGAUGGCCCUCCUAUGUACACCCUGUGGAAGCUGCGAGAUACCUCUAAUACCAUUUGUAGUGGGCGAAGUCGAAUAACAAAAUCUUUCAUGCAGCAGAUCCUGAACCAAAUUCGCAUGAACGACCUAGCAGAACCAUUGAAAAGCCUAGCCAGCGAUCGGUUAGUGGACAACGUCAGUCCUAAGUGCACCUCCAUCUACCGAGAUGUUCUGUUUCUGGCCUGCAAAGCCAUCGGCAGGGCCCAGAUCGAUAUAAACAAUUUCGACAAGGAGUACGCAUUGGCCUACUCUCGACUGGCUGAUCGGCUGAACAAGCUAUGCCCUCAGGACAGACAUGUCAGCUUAACUGCGCUAUAUUGCAGGCAGUAUUUCAGACCGCUCACGUUACCAUAGUGAUAUUAUUAAGUUUUCCAUCAAAAAUAACGAGUUAUACAACAAAUGCAGAGUGAGAAGGUGGCGAGUGCAUAAAUUGAAAAGGAUGGUGCGGUGAUAGUACGUGCAAUAAGAUUCCAUAAACAAAAUUCAAACAUAUUGCUCAUAAAAUAUACAGGGUGAUUUGAAACAGAGCAACUUGAAUAGUCACACCUCUUGAUUGACUCUCAAAAAAAGUUUUGUUGUACUGUGAACACUCCAGCUUGACAUUCGUGUGAUAUGUUGCAAGGCAAUAAGUUUGUAUAUCAAUUGUUGAAAUAUUGUACAUUUCAUUCACUCUACUGAGCAUCACCCUGCUGCUGAAAUCAGCGGUUUCUCAUUUUUUAUUCUGAUACAUGGCGAUUAUCAGUAUAUUAUUACUCAGAUUCUAGGUUUGUUCGUACAGUGGUUGGUGACUUGUCGGUGACUAUGUCUGGGAUCUGGCGGUGUGAAUUUCGUCUAUAUAGCGUAGCAGAGUGAACGGAAUUUGUGAGGCGGGAUUUGAUCACGGUCAUUGACAGGUUGUCGCCUGCUAUACGAACAGGACUUUUGUUUUGUUUAAAAUAACCUCCCUCUGGACUCUCAUUCUACAUGGCCAGACAAAAAUAAUCCUGAUGUAGGGCACGUUGAAUUCGUCCACUUAUAUUGAUCAAGUGUAAGGCCGCGGUUAUACUGCGAGGUAGCAGGUGUCAGGUAGUGGGUGGUAGACGACGGUAGACGGGUAAUUUUUAGACCCUUGGGGGAUUUUUGUGGAUUCAGACUUUUUGGGAGAAAAUAGAACCUUUGACUAUUUUUGGGAGCAUUCUAUUUCAUUUUCAAUUUUGUGAACAAUGCUCCUAUUCUGUAUUAGGAAGAGCAAUCAGGUAAGAUCCCAGCACUUAAUGCCCCAUUGGGCUCCUUCUGCCACCUCCCCGGGAGUCACUUAGGGUUGGAUGAUCAACCACCCCAAACUAUUGAAAAAGGUGGUGAUCCGACCCAGCGGAUUUCCUUUAUACGAACCAAAAACGUUCUUCCAGAAUGACAGUGUCCAGGGGCAAUGCCAGUUGCAAACCGAAUGAUCGCCAUGUGUCGCCGUAAAGAUACACUAUACUUAGUUUCUUUCACUCCAAGCAUUCCGUGUUCGUGAAUUUAUUAUUUGGUAUAUUUAUAAUUCAUUUUUACUAACAUUCAUUUUAUUUAUUGUAAUUUAUGGUCCAUGAAGUUAGGAUUGAUUUUCUGUUAUUAGUCGAAUAAAGGUAUUGAUUUCACGUUUCAUUUCCAUUAGGUGACUUUGACGAUUAAUCAAAAUAUUUAAACAGAAUCAUUGUACUACCACGUAAUUGUAUUUUAGUUAAAAUUGACGGAUAUUGAUGGUUGAGACAUGAGCAUCACGUGAACUUACGGGCUUAACAUAAACUCACCAUGUGUGGUACCUCGCUUGCUUAAGGAGGGUCUCAUCACCCAUUUGGCAGGUCACAGUAAACCAACCGGUAUUACUUUUAUAAAGAGGUGUUAUGAAAUGACUGCAAGAAGGAUAUGCUACCCAUUGAAAUGCAUCAAAAUAUUUUGGGGACUGUUGGAGGGCAAGCAGUUUCUUAUGAUAUUGUCAAACGCGGGUGUCGGUUUAUAUGUGGAAAGAGUUGUCAAAUCCAACAUGAUUGAGCCACUUGUAACUGAAUCGACUGACCAUAACAUUAAAACAGUGCAUGAUAUGGUAUUACAAGAGAGAUAUUAUGUAAACUGAUACUAAAAAUUACCAGAUGCCUUUAAACAGAAUCGCUUUCACGAGAAUGAUCAUAGCCCUAUCUCCUAGAUUGCUCUUUGAAUUGGUCAAUUACCCAUCCACAUUCGUCACUCCUUUUCCACAGUGAUUUCAUUAUAUUUCCAAAAUAAAACAACAUUUAUGAGAAGUGAACUUUUCAAGUAAGCAACAGAUAACUGUGAUACCAGUGAUUUGUCAGCAGUCGGAUAUUUUUAUCGUGAGGCUAUUGUAAUACUGGAUCGCCAUCUAAACUAGAGCAUUGGUGUUACGAUGGAUUAAUUAGAAAAAUAAAGCCUAUAAAUCAAAUAUAGCUUUUUGCAAGGGGGGCAGGGAUGGAGCAUAGGGACCAUCUGGCUAUCUUGGCGGGAAAGUGAUGUCCCCAAAUUUAGAAAUAACAGUUCCUGGAAACAAUUCACGUAAAAUGUUCAUUGAUGUUACUGCUGUGUGUGCUGUCGCUCCAUCGUGUUGAAAACAGGUCAUAGCCAGGAAAGUUUUGAACAGCCGGAGUCGAAAAUUGCUGAAGCAUUGCAGUGUGACCAUGGGCUUGUCACAGUUACAGAGACAUCUACAAAAAGUACGGCCCAAUUGUUCGAGUAGCCGACAUGGCACACCAAACUGUAACCUUCUCUGAAUGCAGUUGUUUUUGAUGCUUUUCUUUUGGGUUGCUGUCACACCAGUACCGAUAGUUCUGUUUGUUUACGUAGCCCUUCAGGUGGAAGUGAGCCUUAUCGCUGAAUAGAAAGUGGUCCAAGCCUGCUUCAUCCCAAUAUUCAUCAUUGUCUCACAAUAAUUUUUUCGGAUUUCGUGGUCCGUAGGUUUUAAAAACUGUACCAAUUGAAUUUUGUAUGGAUGAAACUGAGUCUUUGGUUAAAAUCCGCUGAACACUUGGGCGAUAAGUCUUGAGCAUGUUUUCGGAUUGAGCGCCUGGAAUUUCAUUCGUAGCACAACGCACAAUCUGAAUGUUCUUUGGCGUUCUGAUGGAUUCCUGUUUCCCUGGUCGCUUCUGAUUUGCCACUGUACCUGUUUGUUGAAAUCUUUUAACCCAGGAUUUCACUAAAUUUUUCAAUUGAACUUCACGUACACGCUGAAUAUUGUAACGGAUGCAAAAAAGUCGCUGUGCCGCGACAUAGGAAUCGUUAAUUUAAAAAACGCCUCGACCAUAAACACACGUUGCUCAUUAAACCACUGCUCCAUGUUUACUGACAAUCCGCACGUAGUCGCCGCAAAUUACCAGCUCUGCUUCCCCCACCACUGUUAAAGCGGUUGUACAGGGCGCGUUCGAAAAGGGAAAUUUAGUCAGUCUCCCAGAACUAUAUCGACAAUUUAGCGCUUUUAUUGGUAUAUUUUCAUAGUCACGUGAAUAAAAAUAACGGCCUUCCACGCACUUAGGUACAAUUGAGAGUUGCUACUGUGAUAAAGUUUGAUUUGUGGAACGAGCAAUUUCUUUUAGUUGAUUGAGCUUCCCAAAAAUUGGUGAAAAGACCUAUAUUUAGGAAGACACCCAUACUUCUGUCAAUCCAUUUAAAUUUUGAUACGUGAGUUUACGUGAUAGCUCAUUAUUUCACGUGAGGUUACAACAAUGGAAUGAAUAAACACAUGCAAUUGAAGGGAUGGUUAAAUUCUGUAUUAUUUUUUGAUUUAGGUCAUGCACUGAAGAUGGGCUGACACUUGUGUUCAUUAUUACUUAUACUGAGUGUAAAAAUAUUUUUUGAGAAACCUAAUGAUGGAUAUACAUUUUUAAUGCUCAUCUUCUAUGUGCUACUCGACUUGAGAGUCGUUUUUAAGAAAAUGAUUGUAAUAUGGUUAUUUGUAAAUUCAGCAUUACUUCAGUAACUUUAUUAAUUAGUACUGAAUUUGCAAACUCGAGAAAAAUGUGAUUUCAGGUGUUGUUUAUAUUAAUAUUAUUUGAAUAUGAAACCGUGGCCUUUUCUAGUUGUUUUGUUGAAUAUUUUAACUUUGUAAUAUGAAUAUGUCUUAUUCAGUUUAAAAUUUGUAUUUAAGUUGAAAAUUAUUUACAUUUUAGUGUAGUCAGG